AUGAUACCUGUUGCUGGUAGGAGGUGGAAGGAAAAAGGCCACCCACUUCCUAAGUUUGGUGAGUGGGAUGUUAAUGACCCAGCUUCUGCUGAGGGUUACACGGUCAUCUUUAACAAAGCUCGAAAUGAGAAGAGAAGUGGUGGCAAUACAAACUCUCCACCAAAGGGUGACCCUACAUAUAAGCAUGGAGCAACUCUUGGAAAGCUUCAAUCAAAAAAAUGGUUCUGCUGUAUACAGUCUGCUGCUGCAGAAUCGUGAUCUCUCUUUGCUUCUACCCGCGACAUUGGAGAGUGUUUGAUCUGAAAUCUUAUGUCACAAAUGUUCCUCAAGUUCAUAGUUGUACUGGAAUUUGUUCAGUUAUGUUGUAGAAUUUAAAAAACUUUCGCCAUCGGAAGAUACUUUGCUACCGGUUUAUUUAUUUUUUGAUGUUGAUAUUAUUAUUGUUGCCUCGAGUCAGUU